GCAUAGAAGCAUCAUUGACUCGGACCAGCCGAAUUUGGAAGAUGUAAAUUCCCCAGCUCGCUACACAGAAUGCUUCAUUUGAAAGUGUUGCUAUGUAGAGAGCCAGCUUUGCGGUCAUCUAACCUGUUCUCUCCAGAAGGUUGGCUGAAGGAUGGGAGCGGCUGUGCCUGCCGCUGAGGUCACAGCUUGAAGUCCUUUGAAAGUGCCUUCUGCUGCAGGAGCGAGGCGUAUUGUGGUCUAACCGUCUUUGUAUUUAUUGAAACGGACAAUCUGCGAUAGAUAUUAUACCCAGAACGACAGAUAAUUCAACAUAUGAGGUGUUUUAAUAUCAUCCAACUGCCAUCAAGAUAAAACUUUUAAAAAAAUUGGAACUAAGCUACUUCUAAACACAAGACAAAAAUGUGGUUGCUGGUUAGUCAUCUCGUGAUAGCAUCAUUCACAAGCUGUCUAUCAGAGUUUACCUGGCAUAGAAGAUACGGACAUGGAGUUUCUGAGGAAGACAAAGGAUUUGGACCAGUUUUUGAAGAGCAACCCAUCAAUACCAUUUAUCCAGAAGAAUCACUAGAAGGGAAAGUUUCCCUGAACUGCAGGGCACGAGCCAGCCCUUUCCCUGUUUACAAAUGGAGAAUGAAUAAUGGGGAUGUUGAUCUGACGAGUGAUCGGUACAGUAUGGUCGGAGGAAAUCUGGUCAUCAGCAACCCUGACAAACAGAAAGAUGCCGGAGUGUACUACUGCUUGGCAUCUAAUAACUACGGGAUGGUCAGAAGUACUGAAGCAACACUCAGCUUUGGAUAUCUGGAUCCUUUUCCACCUGAAGAACGCCCUGAAGUCAGAGUGAAAGAAGGCAAAGGAAUGGUACUGCUCUGUGACCCUCCUUACCACUUUCCAGAUGAUCUCAGCUACCGCUGGCUUCUAAACGAGUUUCCAGUGUUUAUCACCAUGGACAAACGAAGAUUUGUGUCUCAGACGAAUGGAAACCUCUAUAUUGCGAAUGUUGAGGCUUCUGACAAAGGCAAUUAUUCCUGCUUUGUAUCGAGUCCUUCUAUUACAAAGAGUGUAUUCAGCAAAUUCAUCCCACUCAUUCCGAUACCUGAACGAACAACAAAACCAUACCCUGCUGAUAUUGUAGUUCAAUUCAAGGACAUAUAUGCACUGAUGGGCCAAAAUGUGACUCUAGAGUGUUUUGCACUUGGAAAUCCUGUUCCUGAUAUCCGAUGGCGGAAAGUUCUAGAACCAAUGCCAAGCACUGCUGAGAUCAGCACCUCUGGGGCUGUCCUCAAGAUCUUCAAUAUUCAGCUUGAAGAUGAAGGCCUGUAUGAAUGUGAGGCUGAGAACAUCAGAGGAAAGGAUAAACACCAGGCAAGAAUUUAUGUUCAAGCAUUUCCAGAGUGGGUAGAACAUAUCAAUGACACAGAGGUGGACAUAGGCAGUGACCUCUACUGGCCUUGCGUGGCUACAGGAAAGCCCAUCCCUACAAUUCGAUGGCUGAAAAAUGGAUAUGCAUAUCACAAAGGGGAACUGAGACUGUAUGAUGUGACCUUUGAAAAUGCCGGAAUGUAUCAGUGUAUAGCAGAGAAUACAUAUGGGGCCAUUUAUGCAAAUGCGGAACUGAAGAUCUUGGCUUUGGCUCCGACUUUUGAGUUGAAUCCUAUGAAGAAAAAGAUCCUGGCUGCUAAAGGAGGCCGGGUGAUAAUCGAGUGUAAACCUAAAGCUGCACCUAAACCAAAGUUUUCAUGGAGUAAAGGAACAGAGUGGCUUGUGAACAGUAGCAGAAUACUCAUUUGGGAAGAUGGCAGCUUGGAAAUCAACAAUAUUACAAGGAACGAUGGAGGCAUUUAUACGUGCUUUGCAGAAAAUAACAGAGGGAAAGCUAAUAGCACUGGUACACUUGUUAUCACAGAUCCCACGCGGAUAAUCUUGGCCCCAAUCAAUGCCGACAUCACCGUUGGAGAAAAUGCCACCAUGCAAUGUGCUGCCUCCUUUGACCCUGCCUUGGAUCUCACGUUUAUUUGGUCUUUCAAUGGCUACGUGAUAGACUUCACCAAAGAGAAUAUUCAUUAUCAGAGGAAUUUUAUGUUGGAUGCCAACGGGGAGCUUCUCAUCCGGAACGCGCAGCUGAGACAUGCAGGGAGGUACACGUGCACCGCCCAGACCAUUGUGGACAAUUCUUCUGCUUCUGCUGACCUUGUUGUGCGAGGUAAAAACAGACAAGAUGGAGAGAAAAACAUGGUGGACCCCUUUCUCCCCGUCUGUGCAAGCCUGCCUCCAACCUGGUGACCGUUGACACUCACCAUUUGUGUGAAAGCCUUUUUUUUUGUAACAUAUUAUUCUAGAUUUGACUAAUUAACUCCAUCUUGUAGCUUCUGCAGUUUGUUUUUCUGCCACAGCUAGUUCUUAGAGGAUGUUUCCCAUUCUGAAACUUCUAAACAUACUUUGGGCAGAAAGAUUUUUAAAAACAUAAUUAUACAGCUUUACUAAUUCCUGAAAACAAUGCCUAGUGGACUAACCCAGUGCAUCAUGUGUAUACUGCCAAGUGAAAGUUUUGUAGUUUCCUGUCCUGUUUUGCUUUAAAAUUAUGUAUCUUAGAAGUCAGCACUUGAAAAUCGUAUGGAGAACUCCUGAGUUACAAUACAAUAGUUAUUGCUGCUGUUGCAUGAACUGUUUGAUCAAGCAGGUAAUGAACAAUGUUGCUAUCAGAUUUACCAGUGUAUAAUCUUAAUUAGAAUGUAAAUUAAGAGUGACAGUACUCCACCUGCUUUGUGAGUCCUAGUGCCUCUAAGAUUCCUUGGUUGGAAGGGAAGAUAAGUAGCAGUAAACAAUGGAAGAUAGACCUUGGCCCUGAAGGGUCUGAGAACAGUUCCUGGGAUUGGGAAAUACAUUAUGUGUACGGAAACACCAUCUCAACAGCAAGGCUGGCUAAGCCUUUAACAACAUGCAAUUACGUGAAAUUUGUUAACUCUUGCCAUUAGCUUGGUCUUUGCAUUUGGAAAAAAGAGUGAAAUUUGUACUGGAAGGACUUGGGCAUCAAUGGGGGAUUAAAAAAUAAGUGCAUGCAAUUCUUCCUGGGACUGCUUAAAUUGCACUAUUUGAAAUUGAUUUCUUUUCCCUCUUUUGGUCAGAGAGACACACUCAAAGUUCUUGUUUCUUCACAAGAAAUAAUUUUGUUCUCAAAUGGUCUUAUAUUGAGGUAUGAGAUACUAUUUGGGCUUCUUAUUUUUUAAGUCCAGAAGCUCCAUCUGUGAUUGAAAGAAUGCUCAGGAAGGCUUUGAGGGAUAUGGAUCUGAUAUCCUGCAUAGUUUUAUUUUUUAAAUGGUAAUUUUCAGGGAAUAAAUGUCUCUGGUUGAAGAUGUUACCUAUUUCUUUCUUUUUUAGUCUGUUACUGUCACAGAAGAAACUAUCUUAGAAUUUGGACCUGAAGUCUUUAUCAAUGUGCAGUUUAGUAAGAUACUGUGUUUUUAAGUGUCUGUAAAUAUCACCAUGGAGACAUGUAUAUGAGUCAUCAUUAUAGGCAUCUUUCUACAUAGUUCACAUCUAAAAUUAAACUGCCAAGACCAGACAAGAAUUUAUAGUUUGGGAAAGGGGGAAAAAAAAAAGAAAACAUAUGGCAAAUGUGGCUGGUAACUGGGAACAGGAGAACAUUCUUGUUUAAAAAACUAUAUCUUGAUGUCAUUUUUAAUUAGGAACUAAGUCCACUUUUAUUAAUAUCACAGGAUAAGAAAACUACCAAACUCUUAUCUCAUGGUAGAUAUAUUUAAUAUUUAGUUUUGUCUUAGUACAGGUUCAAAAAUCAACCAGAUCGUACAACAUUAAUUGGCACUUUAUAAAAUCAUUGUAGAGUCAUUGUCUUAACUAAUUUUUAGGGCAAGACAUUAUCUACAAUACUAAUGGGACUUUAAUGGACUUAUUUGAGUAAAAUUCCACACUCCUAAUAUAACUGAUGUCUUUUCUCUCUCAGCAACUUUCAUUUGAAAUUAUUUUGUUUAAAAAACAAGCAUUGCUAAUUCUGAAAUGUUUUUCUGUUUUCUUAGCAUCUUCAAACUUUUUGUUGGCAUUUAUCAUUUUGGUAAAAAUAAACAUUGAACCGUAGGAUAUUUUAUGUAGUGUUUUAGUUUUAAUUACUUAUUGGGGCAUUACCAUAGAUAAAGAUAAUAAUAAAAUGUCUUUCCUGCUUGACAGCAAUCUGGGUUUGGUCAGGUUUAUAAUAGAAGAAUGUACUGUGUGAAGGGAUGUCCCUAGAAGACCAGUGGAUUAGGGUGGACUGCUUCAGCUGUAGUUGUUUGAAAAGCCAGCUAUAGCAUUUAAAGGGCAGGCCAGGGAUUUAACUGAGUGGUAACACUGCCUGCUUUGCAAUUGUAAGGUCCUGAGUUUGAUCCCCAGUACCAAUGAAAUAAAGGGAGAGAGCAGGUCAGGCCUACUGCUAAGUGGUAUCACCAACUUAGGUGAUGCUUGGAGUACGUUCAUAGCUGCUCUAUGUUUUGCUGAAUCUUAAGGGGUCUGAAUUUCAAAUUUUCUGCCCAGUUUAAUUUAUCAAGUUUUAAUGUAUUAUUGAUUGAGAAAAUAUGGUCAACUUAUAAUGUGUGAGUAAUCACUAUCUUUUCUCAAAUGUUUCAACUGAUUUUUUAUGAUGCUGUAUUUUCUUUGUAAUUAUUUACAUAUGAAUGAGAAUUGAGUGGAAAUUACAUAUAUCUUUCAUUAACACAUAAAAAUAUGGACAAAAUUCAGAAAAUAUUUUUAUGGUGGUCAAGAAAAUUGGGGAUGCGGAAGCAGGGUGUGAUAGUCCCAACACAUAUGCUGAGGUAGGAGGAUCACAAGUUCAAGCCCAGCCUGGAGAACUGAGUAAGUCUCUGCCUUCAAAUUAAAAAAAAAAUUUUUUUUAAAGGGCAGGCUUGUAGCUUAGUGCAAUGGCCCUAGGUUCAAUAUCCAGUUCUGUAGGAAAAAAAUCUUGAAAUACAGCAUGAAUUUAUAAGUAGGUGAUGUGUUAAUCUUCAUUAACAGAUUUGAUACAGAUUUUUAAAACUGACCAGGGUAUUAUUACACUUUCAGUCUUAUUUCCAAAAUAUACACUUGUUCCCAAGUUAUUAAUAUUCUUCCCAAUAAGAAAAUUCACCAACAGAAAGUGAGUGAUGCUAUUUUAAGUGCAAUAUUAAUAGUGCUAUUAUUCAUAAUCACAUAUAUGUAUAUAUAUUUGGUACCAGAGAUCAAACUCAACACCAUGUGCUUAUGAGCCAGGCACAGUGCCACUGAAGUAAAUCCCCAGCCCUUGAUAAUCCUAUUUUAAGUUACUACUUUUAGCAUACUUAUUGAAAAGUUCAUGGGUUUAGAUGUUAGCUGUGUGAUUUAUGGGUUGGAUAACUGUGGUCCUUAUGAGUAAAUGGAAUAGAAAGAGCAUCUACAGCACAGAUUUCUUUGUAAGAAUUCUGAAAGAAUUGACAGUGUCUCUGGUAUAGUUCAGUACUUGACACAAGAUGUAGUCUUUAGUAGCGCUUAUAGUAUAAACUCUCUUUUGUUAUUUAGUAAAAAUUUUAUGUCAUAUAAGUUUUAUGUUCUUGUGAAUUUGUACCUUAUUUCAACAAUGUAGAUAAUCUGAGAGAAUAAUAGUGUAAACUUGCUGGUGUUCACUUAGUGCUUUGGAAGCCUUCAGCAGGCACACACAGUGGAGCCGUGUGAUCUGAAUUUACAGAUGGACAUUUUUUUUUUAAUGGGGCACAGGAAAACCUGUGUCUUGUCCGGGCCCUGCACUCUACCAUGAACAGACUGCCAGAUGCCCCUGAGAAUCUUUCUAGACUUAGCAUGUUUUCAUAAAAUUGGCUUGACUGAGCUCUAAAGUGUGUGAUCUGCAUUAAAGAUCCACCUAUUUCUAUUCUAUGCUGAUGGUUAAUGAUUGAAUACCAAAUUUGUUCAAAGCAAAAAGAAAUUUAAAGAAAAAAAAUAUGGAUGUGGCAAAUGAGAAUCCGCAUUGAGUCACAAAUAAUAGAGGAUGGUUAUGAUUCAGAGUAGUUCUCAUAGGUUAAAAAUGGUGGCAGAAACUAGUCUCACUAAUUAUUUGUAGACCCUUUGUAGCUAACUUCAAAGCCCUCACAUUGUAGAAAUAACAACAGCAAGGACUUUGGUCCAUCAUUUAUCCCCCAUAGGGCAGGUUUUGUGGGACAUUUUCAAUCAGGUGUCUCUGAGAGGCUUAUUUAAAAUCAGAAAGAAAUGACAUAUGGGUGGAAAGCAGAUAUUGCAAGAAAUCUGUGAUAAAUAUAGAUAAGGAGGAAUAGUUCACGUGUCAGCCUCUGCCUAGGGAAUACAAAAGAUAGGCCAAAGGAAGUUACCCAAAGAACACUGUGAUUUUGAAAGGGAAAAAGAUGCAAAAAGAAAAAAUCAUUGAACUUUGUAUGUUAUUUUUAUAAGAGAGGAAUGCAGCAGCUGAAAAGACCCAACACAACCAGUGAUGUCCGCUCAUGAUGACAUUUUGGCAGCAGCUGGUAGAAUCAGGAAGCAAAACCUACAGGUUGUAUAGGUUAUAUAUGAGCAUAUAAGAUAAAUUUUAGAAACUCCAGGAUAUGAGGCAGGGGGAGAUAGUAAUGAGAGAUAAAUAUAAAACUGUAUACAUGAAAGCAAAAAAGGAUGCCUAAAGUGACUUUAUUUGGUUCUUUGUAUUUUUAUUUUUCUCCCCUUUCCAACUCCCUAGUUAUUUAAUGUUGAUAAGAAGCAAUGAGAAAAUGACUUUGCCAGGGCUAGUCAGAAAUAUUUGAGUUCCUUUUAUUCUCCCCUCCUGAAAUUCAUAGUAAUUAAAAUUAAAGAAAGAAAGGGCCAGGGAUUUAGCUUAUAGAUUUCACCUCCUGCCUUGCA